AUGUCGGGCGGUAAUGCUCAUUCGGCCCUCACUGAGGAGGAUGUUAUGAAGCUUCUGGCUACCCAGGCUCAUUUGGGAUCCACCAACUUGAACUUCCAAAUGCAACAAUAUGUCUACAAGAGACGUUUUGAUGGUUAGUGUUUUCAAAAAACGGAGAACGAAUUUUUACGUCGAAAUUCAUAGGACCGAACAUCAUCAACGUCAAGAAGACCUGGGAGAAGCUUCUUCUUGCCGCUCGCGCCAUCGCCGCUGUCGAGAACCCAGCUGACGUCGUCGUCGUUUCGGCUAGACCGUAUGCCCAGCGUGCUCUUCUCAAGUUCGCUGCUCAUACCGGAGCUACCGCUAUCUUCGGCCGUUUCUCGCCAGGUUGCCUUACCAACCAGAUCCAGAAGACCUUCAAGGAGCCAAGACUCCUCGUCAUCUCUGACCCAAGAAUCGACCACCAGGUAAAUUUAUUUUAAGUUGUGUCAUAGUUUUAUACAUAUUUUUAAGGCCGUUACUGAGGCUUCGUACGUCGGAGUUCCAGUCAUCUCCUUCGUCAACACCGAGUCGCCAUUGAAGCUGAUCGAUAUCGGAAUCCCAUGCAACAACAAGGUAAUAUUUUUGUGCUUAUCAGUUUUUUUAACAUUGUCACUUUUCAGGGAGAACGCUCGAUCGGACUCCUUUGGUGGAUGCUCGCUCGCGAGAUCCUCAUCCUUCGCGGAAAGAUCUCCCGCCAAACUGGAUUCGUCCUCGAAGGAAAGGAGAUCAUGCCGGAUCUCUACUUCUACCGUGACCCAACUGAGACUGAGAAGGAGGAGACCGCUCACGUCGAGGCCAUCGAGACCCAGGAGUACCAGGCUCCAGCUGACAUCGACUUCACCACUCAAGGAGGAAAGGUCGACGAUUGGGCCGCAGAGACUGCCACCUGGACCGCCGAGGCUAAGACCGAUGAGUGGGCCAACGCUCCAGCCCAGUCCAGCUGGUAA